AUGUCUUCCAACAACAACGACCAGUACAACAACACCGGUACCCGCGGCAACUAUAACGACACCGCCAACUUCGAGUCUGGCGGCGGUCGCAACGUCGAUGACGACAACACAUACUCUGGCUCCCAUGGCGGUAGUGGAUAUGGCCAGUCCGGCGGCUACGCCGGCGGCUACGCCGGCGGCAACCAAGGCGACCAAGGGGAUCUCACCGGCCAGACUGGCGCCGGUGGGAUGGGCGGCCAAGGUGACUACGGCGCCGGCCAGGGCGGCACCGACACCUCGCGCAUCGGAGGCCAGGAUCCAAUGAUGAGCGGUGGGCGCGGCAAUGACACGGGCGAUCUCGCCGGCUCAGGCAGGGGCCAGUUCGACAGUGGCGACAAUUACGGCUCUGAUAUGGGCAGGAGCGCUGGCGGCACUGGUACUGGAUCUGGCGUCGGCGGUGGUCGCGACUAUGAUGAUAAUGCUGGUGGAAACGUCGACGAAACUGGCGCUGGCGCACAGACCGGCCGCAAGCCCGGUAUGGGUGAGAAGAUUAUGGGUGGUCUUGAGAAGAUGGCCGGCAAGGCUUCCAAGAACCCCAAUCUUGCAACCAAGGGCGAGACGCGCCAGGCUGGUGAGCAGUUCUGAGUGAUCUGACUUCAUGGCAUAAAUAUCUGUACGAUUAUUAGCAUCAAUAGACCAUUGGACCUUGAAGUUGUAUAGUACUUGCAUC